AUUAUAUUCGUUACUUUCGCUCUCUGGUAAUUAUUUCCCGUUAAAAAUUCUUCACCAAAUUUGUUAAACUAAAAAACCUAAUCCUCUUCGGUAGACCCCCGUUACACCCCCAAUCCUCUUCGACGCUGUUUGCUUAAACCCGUUGACAACCGCUUGUGAACACGUCCGCGAUUCCAAUUUACUUUGCGGCGAAUUUCUCUGACUCUCGUUUGUCACGAAUCAACUUGGAUUGGAGUUGCACUCAACUCAACCGCCCGGAAAAAGCCGCCGGAGUUCGUUGUCGGCCGCCUGAAACUGUCAGAUAGCCGUUGCAGGUAACUACAAACGUUGAAGUGUAGAUAUUGGUGGCUUAAACAAUGGGAUCUAAUUCACUGAAGGAUUAUCUAAAAAGAUAUGAAAGUAACCCUGAAGAAGACAAGAAGAAGAAGAAGAAAAAGAAGAAGAAAAGUCUACCACAAGCAACUGGCUUGUUAGUUGUGGACGAAGAUCCAGCCUGGCAGAAACCCAUAGAUAUUGGAGAAAAUGAAGAGAACUCGUCUGAUGGGGAGAAGCCAGUAGUUGAUGAAGACAUUGAAGUAAAGCGGAUGAAAAGGCUUGAGCAGCUGAAGGCCAGGCGUCCUUAUCAUGCUAUAUCUGAGGAUGGAAGUGGUUGGAUUCCACUUUCUUCUAAAUCCGAUAAUCCUAGUGACUCAAAUAAUGAUAUGUCUCCACUCCGUAAAAAGAGGGUUCGAUAUGACAGUCCUUCACCAGAACCUGAAUCAAAUCCUUCAACUUCGAUUAGAAUGGGUGCUGAUUUAUCCCCUUUGCGCCGGCAGUUGAAACGCAAUGACACUCCAUCACCUGAGCACGACUUGCAACCUGCACUUUCCGAGAGACUGGAUUCCGAUUUAUCUCCUGUUCGUAAACACAGACGAGGUCGUCGUGAUUUAUCUCCUGACCUUUCACCGCAGAGGAAAAGCCAGCGGAGUGUUGCAAGAUCUGACUUAUCGGAUAUUUCUCAUCGCCGUUCAACUACUCCAUCGGUAAAAACUGUUUCACAUCCAUCUUUGGAUCGUGACCUGUCUCCACCAAGGAAGAAUCCAAAGGAGUUAUCCAUUCCAGCAUCUGUUAAUGAAAGAAAAACAGGUUUGAUUUCUGGUAAGGAUAUCAAAGAAGAGAUUGAGAGAAAGAAGAAAGAUGAUAUGUUGAGAUUUAAACAGAUGGACCCUGUCAUCAGUGGGCGUGGUGCAGAACCUGUAUUUCGUGAUAACAAAGGAGUACGUAUUACCAAAGAGGAAUACUUAAAGUCAAAACAGAAAGUAGAAGAAAAGCCCAAGGAGAUUGAAAUAGAAUGGGGAAAGGGCUUGGCUCAAAAGCGGGAAGCUGAGGCUAGGCUAAAGGAACUAGAAGUUGAGAAAGACAAGCCUUUUGCGCGAACCAGAGACGAUCCAGAACUUGACAAAUUGUUGAAGGAGAGGGUAAGAUGGGGUGAUCCUAUGGCACAUCUAGUAAAGAAAAAGUAUCCAGAGCCUGUUCUCCCAAACUUGGGGGACAAUGAGAAAAUGAAGGAAUCUGGUUUUGUUGUUCCUCAAGAUAUUCCAGAUCAUAGCUGGUUAAAGAGAGGUUUAGAUGCUGCUCCAAAUCGGUACGGGAUAAGGCCGGGACGACAUUGGGAUGGUGUUGAUCGUAGUAAUGGGUUCGAGAAAGGAAUGUUCAAGAGAUCAAAUGAGAGACAAGCCAAAGACAAAGAGGCUUAUCUUUGGUCUGUGUCUGAUAUGUGAAAACCAACAUUCUAACAAUAUACAAAGGGUGGUUGAUCGUGCAGACCUCUCAAGUAUUCAUGGAGCUACAUUGGGAGGCAUGUUUGUAAUGCUGUGGAUUUGAGGGAUUUAAUGUUGAAUAUGGACAAAGAUUGUGCAGUGUGAAAGGCUCUUGGUUCCAUCACUCUAGCACUAGAUAAUUGAUAAGCCAUAGAUUGUGCAGUCUUUAUUAUUCAAAUCCCGCAGAAAAUGAAGAUAAUUUUGUCAGCCUCCAUUUCAAAUCAGAAAGUGUAAUGGGAUGAGACACUGAUCUGAUCUGAGACGAUGGCCAAUUUUUCCGAGUAAAUUAAAGUUUUGACUAAUUCAAUUGUUUUUGCUGUUUGAA